UGGAGAGAGAGAGAGGGAGAGAAGAGAGGGAAUACGGUUGGCUGUUGAGAGAAGCGAGCUGGCUCCUCCCCUCUUAUCGCGGAUAGAGGUUGGAGUCUAUAAUAGAGUCGAGAAAAAAAAAGGACCAAGGAAAGCUGAGAGAGAGAGAGAGAGAGAGAGAGCAAUCAAACAGAACGAGUCCAACAGAAGAGAGCAAUCAGUCCAACAAUCAUCCCUCUUUUCUCUCUCUCCUUGGAUCUCAGAUCCACCCUCCCCAAAGUCUUCUUCGUAGUAUUUUCUCACGGAUAUCCUCUCGAAUCUGGGUUUCUCGGAUGCGGGAUUCGGAACCAUGGAUCCCAGCAGCAGAGCGGCCGCAUCCACGGCGAGCUCGGGGAGGCCGAGGGACGCCCUCAGGCCUCUGUCUGACUUCCCGGUCGGCCUCCGGGUGCUCGUCGUCGACGACGACCCCACCUGUCUGAAAAUCCUAGACAAAAUGCUUCGCAAAUGCCUCUACGACGUGACGACUUGCUCGCGUGCGGUGGUGGCGCUGGCGAUGCUGCGGGAGAAGAAGGGAGAGUUCGAUCUGGUUCUGAGCGAUGUGUACAUGCCGGACAUGGAUGGUUUCAAGUUGCUUGAGCACAUAGGUUUGGAGAUGGAUCUUCCUGUUAUCAUGAUGUCGGCUGAUGACGGGAAGGAUGUGGUCAUGAAGGGAGUCACUCAUGGCGCCUGCGAUUACCUUAUAAAGCCGGUGAGGAUGGAGGCGCUGAAGAAUAUAUGGCAGCAUGUGGUGAGGAAGAGGAGGAACGAGUUGAAGGAGUUGGAGCACUCGGGAAGUGCAGAGGAGAAUGACAGGCAGAGAAGGCUUCUCGAAGAAGGGGAUAAUGCAUCCUCGGUGAACGAGGGGAGUUGGAAGAACGCGAAGAGGAGGAGGGGUGGGAAGGAGGAGGAGGAGGAGGAGGUUGAGGAGCGCGAAGAUCCUUCGACAUUGAAGAAACCGAGGGUAGUUUGGUCCGUUGACCUCCACCAACAGUUUGUCGCUGCCGUGAAACAAUUGGGCAUCGAGAAGGCUGUUCCCAAAAAAAUCCUUGAGUUGAUGAAUGUUCCUGGACUUACUAGAGAAAAUGUUGCGAGCCACCUGCAGAAAUACCGAUUAUAUUUGAGGAGAGUAAAUGGACCGCAACAUCAGGGAAGACUUGAUACACCAUAUACAGGCAGUUCAGAAGCAACAUUUCAUUCAGUUGGUUCGUUUGAUGGGUUUGAUCUUCAAUCUCUUGCUGCCGGUCAGCUUUCACCACAAAAUCUUAUGGCUCUACAUUCAGUGCCUGGAAGAGUUACAAAUACUAGCAUAGGCAUGUCUUCUGUUGAUCAAAUAGGUUUCUUCAAUUCUAGUGUGGAAAUAUCUAAUGCUUCGAACAUGAGGCCUCCGUUAAUGCAGCAAAUUGACAAGAAGCAAAUGAACUUCAUUUCUGGACCCCCCACCAGCAUGGAGUCAAGGCAGCUUGGUCAGUCGCAACAACUGGUCCAAUCAUACGGAAGUAUGGGACUGCAAACCAGUGAAGGAGCAUCAGGACUUUUUAACCUACCAUCUUCCCAAAGAGCAAGCACUACAUUCCCUGGAGGCUCCAUUAAUGCAAACCUGAGUAAUUCUUUGGUUAUGCAAAUGACUCAUCAAGGACCGCAAUUUUCUUUAUCUCAGCAACAGAAUCAAAUACAUAUUAGUAUGCCACAACUGCCCCAAACAAGGGGACCGAUACAAAAUGGAAUUGCUGGUGAACAUGAUUCGAGGCUCUCAACAACCAUCGCACAAAUUCUUCCAAAUGACAUUUCAAGUGAUGUCUUGGGAAGUAGUGGGAGUAAUAUGAAUGUGGACACUUCAUUGCCUGGAGGCUACAUGAAUGCUUCUUCAUAUGGUUCAGUUUCUCAUGCUUUGUAUGCUGAUUUUCCUAACAGCUGCAUGAAUGAAUCAACUGGAAGUUGCUAUCCUCUUGCAAGAAGUGCAGGAGCAACCAGUCUCACUUCAACUGGUAUGCUUCAAGAUGUUAUGCCCCCGGUGGGAAAUGUUGAAGCAUUAGGUAGUUCCGCUGGCCUAAAAGGAGCAAAGGACUCUGUUCCAAAUUAUGAUCUAUUUAGUGAACUUCAUCAAAGUAAAAGCCAAGACUGGAAGCUACAGAAUAUAAAUGUUUCUUACCACUCAGCCCAACAACUUGGCUCCAAGCAAAGCAAUAUUGCCUUUGGUUGUCCAUCAUUGGCUCAUCAAGAUUCAAUUGCUACCAUAAAAGAUGGGAGUUGUCGGAAUACAUGCACUGUUAGGAAGGAGAUUUUUUCAGUGAGAACAGAAAUUGGACAUGAGAAGGGAGAGUGCAUUGCUCAACGCAAUAGUACCAUUCUACUUGAAAACUCUGUUAGAGUAAAAGCUGAAGGCAUGUCAGAUCAUAGUUGUCAAGACUUGCUUUUUGAUGACAAUAUUAUACCAGAUGAGCUAAUGGAUGCUGUUGGAAAGAAGCAUCAAGAAGGGGUUGUGCAAGUUGAUCCUGAGCUUAGUUUUGAUGGCUAUUCCUCGGGUAACAGUGUAGCUCGCUGGCUUCCUCCAAAUGAUGCCACCAGCUAUGGGCUUCUACAGUAAAUUCCAUAACUGCUCUCGCUGUCAAGACAUAGAAAAAAUCCUUUGUCUCUUGGCGGUUCUCUUUCCCUCAUUCUGUCACUCUGACGACUCUUUUGAACCAUGCCUAAAAAAGAUAGUCCCAAGUUAACCCAUAUAAAAGUUCUGGAUGGUGGCAUCAAUCACAAAGAUAGGAUUGUGCAAAGAUGACGGCCAGUACGCAAAGGCAUAGUUGAAAAGUUUUGAACUCUUGCUCGUGCUAACAAGAUCUACCCAGUUUAAUGGAGGGUAACUGUGAAUCGUGUGGUUAUGGUGUGAUUGAGUUGUUUGGUAGUUGGGAAAUAGGAGCCUUUAAAUACUCUCUUCAAUAUUUGAGGGGAGUAUUUCCUAACUUCAAUAACUAAUCUUGUUGCUUUUAGAAUUACAAUUAUCAUGUACAGCUUUCUACUGAUUUAUGAAGAUGUGGUGCUUUUAUUAUUUAUUUUUCA